CUGACAGGAUGGCAUCAGAUCUAAACGGAGGCCAAUCAGAUAGCCGCCUGAAGAGCAAGAAGCCGCCCAGCCUCGUAAUAGCCAUUCCUCCACCCGAGGAGAUGACGUCCCACGACUCUGCCAAACAGCCACUACGGCCGUCCCUGAAGAAAAGCACUAGCGGUCAAGCAACCAGUUCUGUGUCCGAGAGCAUCGGUGGAGCAGGAGAUGGAGGCUUCUCAUUCAGAGACCGGAGGGCAAAGUUCGGAAGACAAGCGUCGCUCUCGCAAAGCAUCCGCAGGAAUACAGCACAGUGGUUCGGGGUGGGGGAGGACUGUGAGACCAAGCAGCAGGUAUGGCACAAGAAGAGCCUGCGCCACUGCAGCCAGCGCUACGGCAAGCUGAAGGCCCAGUAUAGAGAGCCUGAGGUGGCCACCAGCAUCGACCAGGGCCUGGACUCACCAGCAGCACACAAGAUGCCCAAGAUUGUGGAUCCCCUGGCACGGGGGAGAGCCUUCCGUUGCCCAGAUGAUAUGGACAGUCGCUCCCCCAGGACGCCACACACCACUGAGGGGGGGCCGUUCACCCCGGGUGUCACCUCACUCAGCUCCUUCACCAGCCAGCGCUCCGGGUUCAGCCGCUUCCCCAAGCGUAAGAGGGAGUCUGUCGCCCGCAUGAGCAUCCGAGCUGCAUCCAACCUGCUGAGGGUGGGUCUGGGUCGUAGCGGCUUGGCGGGGUCCCAGACGGGUCGCAGUUUCCACAAGAGGAGCUUUAUCAGGCCUAGCUGGAUGGACGAGGACACCGUGGACUCCGCAGACACGUCCAAGUCGCUCUUCUUCAGCAAGGUUGAUGCCCAUGAUGAAUUGUACUCUAUGGCCGAUGACGUAUUUGAAUCGCCUCCCAUGUCUGCAGCUUUCGCUCCCAGCGAGCAGCAUGACCAGAAGUUCCCAAGCAUUAAGGACAUAUCUCGAACGCCCAGGACACCAACAGCAGGAGCUGAAAAGAGCUAUCCUCGUCGGGGUCGUCGCAUCGCCUCUCAAGUUAAGCACUUUGCAUUUGACAAACGCAAGCGUCAGUACGGCAUGGGCGUUGUGGGGAAGUGGCUGAACCGGCACUACAGACGCAGCCUCAGCAGCAACGUCCAGAAGCAGCUGGACGACUUCCACAGCCACAGGCCCUACUUUGCCUACUGGAUCACGUUUGUCCAUAUAGUAAUCACUUUGCUGGCCUGUUGCACAUACGGUUUUGCCCCUGUGGGGUUUGCACAACAUUCUACGUCUGAACUGGUGCUGAAGAACAAAGGUAUUUAUGAGAGUGUCAAGCAUAUCCAACAGGAGAACUUCUGGGUUGGUCCUAGCUCUGACGACCUGAUCCACCUGGGGGCCAAGUUCUCGCCGUGCAUCCGUAAGGACACACAGAUAGUCGGUCUGAUCCGGAGGGCCAAAGACCUGGAGAGAGAGUCCGGCUGCUGCGUUCAGAAUGACAACUCCGGAUGCGUGCAAACGCUCCGCUUCGACUGCUCCGAGACGCUGGCCACCUUUAUUAAAUGGAAGAAUAAGCCUGUGGACAUCAACCGGUCCUCUGGUUCUGUCUGCCACCAGGAUCCCAGAGUGUGUGAAGAGCCCGCCUCUGCAGAGCCUCAUAUAUGGCCGGAUGACAUCACCCAGUGGCCGGUGUGUACCUUUCCCAAGAAGUCGAACCACACAGGCUACAGACACAUGGACUGUAACAUCAAGGGACGGCCGUGCUGCAUAGGAACUAAGGGCAGAUGUGAGAUCACGACCAGAGAGUAUUGCUCUUUCAUGCAUGGUUACUUCCACGAGGAGGCCACACUCUGCUCACAGAUCCACUGUCUGGAUGAUGUGUGCGGCUUGUUGCCGUUCCUCAACCCUGAUGUUCCGGAUCAGUUCUACCGUCUCUGGCUGUCUCUAUUCCUCCAUGCUGGGUACGCAAUCACAAACCUCCUUACACAAAGAUUUACUUUCUCUUCAAGUAAACAUUAUUAAAUAUAUUUAGAUGGGGGUCUUCAUCUUCUUACUUCUUUUUUUUUUAACCAGUGCAAAAGUAACACUUCCUAACUGCUCAACUGCAUUGAGAGAAUGGUUAAUAUGCUUUGGCAAAGUGUUAAGCCUGUUAUGCCGAGUCAAUCAGCCGUUUCCGUCGUUUGCCAUGAAUGAUAACUAAGCGGGGUUUCAUUGUCGGCAUCCUUCGGGAUUAAAUCAUAAUGAAAUAUUUCUAAAUGAGGCCCCAGUGCUUGUGAGCUGCUCACGCACAUGUAUUCUGAUACUUAGUGCUAAUACUCGGCACAAGGGGAAAUCCCUUGGGUCUGCUUUUUCAGACAAACAAUGAGGCUUAAUGGAAAACGUACAGAUGUUUGCAGUGUGUGUAA